CCCGCGCGGUGCCGCGGUGGGCGCGCCCGGAGUCGCCCGCAGGCCGGGGCGGGACGUGCGGCGAGCGCGCAGCGAUGGCGGCGGCCGAGGUGGCGCGGCAGGGUGAAGGCUGUCGUACUGUCCCGCUCUCUGGACACGUAGGAUUUGACAGUUUGCCUGACCAGCUGGUUAAUAAGUCAGUUAAUCAUGGGUUUUGUUUCAACAUCCUGUGUGUGGGGGAAACUGGCCUUGGUAAGUCCACCCUCAUGGACACCCUUUUCAACACCAAGUUUGAAGGUGACCCAGCAUCUCACUCACAGCCUGGGGUUCAGCUGAAAUCCAGUACCUACGACCUGCAGGAGAGCAAUGUCAACCUCAAACUGACUAUUGUGAGCACAGUGGGCUUUGGGGAUCAGAUCAACAAAGAGGACAGCUAUAAGCCCAUCGUUGAGUUCAUCGAUGCUCAGUUUGAAGCCUACUUGCAAGAAGAACUGAAGAUAAGAAGGGUCCUGCACAACUACCAUGACACCCGCAUCCACGCCUGCUUGUACUUCAUUGCUCCGACAGGACACUCGCUGAAAUCCCUGGACUUGGUAACAAUGAAGAAGCUUGACAGCAAGGUGAACAUCAUUCCCAUCAUUGCCAAAUCUGAUGCCAUUUCCAAGAGUGAGCUGACCAAGUUUAAAAUUAAAAUCACAAGUGAACUGGUCAGUAACGGGGUUCAGAUCUACCAGUUCCCAACAGAUGAUGAAUCGGUGGCAGAGAUAAAUGGGACAAUGAAUGCCCACUUGCCAUUUGCAGUGAUCGGGAGCACGGAGGAGCUGAAAAUAGGAAACAAAAUGAUGAAAGCUCGUCAGUACCCCUGGGGCACAGUGCAGGUGGAGAAUGAAGCUCACUGUGACUUUGUGAAGCUGCGGGAGAUGCUGAUCCGCGUGAACAUGGAGGACCUUCGUGAGCAGACCCACACCCGCCACUACGAGCUGUACCGGCGGUGCAAACUGGAAGAGAUGGGGUUCAAGGACACUGAUCCAGACAGCAAACCCUUCAGCUUACAAGAAACUUAUGAAGCCAAAAGAAAUGAGUUUCUGGGGGAACUGCAGAAAAAGGAAGAGGCAAUGAGGCAGAUGUUUGUCCAGAGGGUCAAGGAGAAAGAAGCAGAGCUGAAGGAGGCUGAAAAAGAGCUGCAUGAAAAGUUUGAUCGCCUGAAGAAAUUACAUCAGGAUGAAAAAAAGAAGCUAGAGGAUAAGAAGAAGUCUCUGGAUGAUGAAGUAAAUGCAUUUAAACAAAGGAAGACAGCAGCUGAAUUGCUUCAGUCUCAGGCUCAGCAGGCUGGAGGAUCGCAAACUCUUAAAAGGGAUAAGGAAAGGAAAAAUUAGCUGCUGUUUGGCUGCAUGGUGCAUGAGGCACAUUGUCCUGGUAAGCGUCAUUAACUAAUAGAGCCUCACAGUGGGAUCAAGUACCCUUCCUAAAAAAGGGAAGGGUAAAAGAAGCCUAUAAGUAUUAUCUCUGUCUUCCUCUGCUUUCACCCUCAGUUUCUCUCUACCAAUUUCUCUACCAGUUUCUCUCUACAUAUGCAGUUGUAGAAAAGGGAUGUAAUUGUCUUUAAAGGUUCUGCAAAGUAAAAUGCAGAGACUUUGUAUUAGGAUAUGAAACGUAAAAAAUAAGGAUUAGGUCCUUUUCCUUUUAAAUCUUCCCAGCACUUUGUUGGCUCUGUUCUCUUUAUUCCAUCUCCCUUAGAAAUAAAUUAUAUUCUUUAAUCACACAGGCCAUGUUGAUACUAUGGCAACAAUUGCUAUGGAGAUGUGGUGCUGAUGAUACAGCCCAGCCAGCCAUGUAAAUACCUCUUCCCUUUCUCCUCCUUCCCUCCCACCCCUCCCAAGUUGUAGUGUUAACUUGUGGUUACAGUGAAGGUGAAGGUAGAUCCCCCUCUUCAUAUACUAACAGAUAGUAAAGUCUGCCAAGCCUAGAGCUCUCCUUUGUCCCAGAGCACCAGAGAAUCACCAGACUCUCUGUGUGUAUGUGUGUGUGUGUGAGGGAACAUUAAAAAAGCUACUGCUGAGUAACCAAACCAGUAUUCACCUGCUGACUGAUUAUAGUUGGUUGUGCAAAACCACAAGGGAUAAUGGGUUGAGCAUUAGCAGGUAAUGAAGGCUCUGAAGAGAGACUGAGAGUCUUUAUGACACUUUUAGGAGGCAGACAGGUCACCCAUGGAUUGUCUGUUCAGUUGUAGCAGGCAGACACAAACCCACACCCCUGGGAGCCGUGCCAAGUGUGCCCAUGGCCAGGGUAAGGAUAGAGGUAGAAGAGGGCUGUGCUCAACUUGUGUCCAGAAAGCCUACCAGAGAGCACUUAGCCCCUGAAUAAGCCGGCAUCCAAGUGCCUGAGGAGUUUUGCCAGGGUGUGGAGAGUUCCCACUGCAGGAGAGCCCUGUCAGGGGUGUUAUGCUGUGAGUCUGCUCUGCUCCAGUUGCAGUGACUGUCACUGUCUCUGCCUGCAUGUGAGCAGGGGUGUGAGGUGGCCACAAAGUCGUGGCCAGGCUUGUGGAACAGAUAGGGCUGCCUGAAAGGGUUAACAAAGCCAGCUCUAAGCAAGGGUCUGCAGUGCAGAGUGCCUGCAUCUAUUGUAAAAGGAAGGGUCAUUUAAACACAGAUACAUAAGAAAUGACCCUGCCUGGCAGGAGAGCAGCAUCCUCAUUAGGGUUAUUAGUUAAACUGCUAAUGACAGUCAUCAACUUACAGCUAGGUUGAGUGUGUUUAAUUGAGUCUUUUUAAUUUGUUGUUGAUUCUCUGGUGAGAGGAAAAAGGAAGCUCCCACAGGAAUGUCUUGCUUCUUGAGGGAGCAGCAAUACUCAUUAUCCAAGGCAAGGAUUAGAGCACCCGAGGCUGAGGUGUGCAGGCCUUUCAGAGAAGUGACCUGUUGGAACAUCAGCACUUAACUAUAAAACACUCUGAAAACUCAGCCUUGAGUCCACCCUUCCCUGCAGACAAAGCUAAGACUUACAUUCCCUCCUGAAUUGUCUAGACUAAAUUAUGGUCUGCCCUUAAAUAGGUAAAGCUGAUUCCAGGAUUCCUACCCUCUUAGCUCCACCAAGGGAAAUGGAAAAGCAAGUAAACAUUACGCUGUCAGUGAGAGGCAUUUGAAUGUAAUUUAAAUGGGACCUUCCACUUAACAGAAGAGCUUCAGAAGGGUCUUGCACUGCCUCGAACUGGAGCUUGCAGUCGUCUUGAGCUGUCCAGUUGAAUCAAUGUACCGGUAACUGUAAAACAAUGAAAAGAACAAUUCUCUCCUUAUCAGACUCUGAAUGUGAAAAAAUAAGCUCAAAGAAUAACUGUUCAUUCUGGUGCUGAGUACGAGGGCACGGCUAAAGUGCAGUUAGAGUGAACAUUGCUGAUUUUUGUUGGGUUUGGAUUGCUUUUGGCAGCCCUCAUAACUGUACACUGUUGUGUGCCGGGCUUUGAGUCAAAUGAAGUUCUUUGUUCCCACUACACAAAUGCAGACAGUGCCUUUUUCAAUGAGCAUUUGUUGUUGCUAAAUUAAAUAUGUAUAUAUGGUACUUUCCCAGAAUUCAAAAAAACACUCUCCAUAUUGAUCCAUAAAGUAUUGCAGGGCUCCACUGUUUUGCAUGAAUACAAACAAGUCAUAGUUGAUGAGUUCUGUAUCUUGCAAAACUGUGAGAGGAUUGUUUUAGAAAAUAAAUUUGGUUCAUCCCACUGCUGAGUGUGUGCGUGUAUGCAUGUGUGUGUCUGCAUAAAGCAUGUUCUGUAGUCAAAUUAAACAUCAUUAACACUUAGCAGCAUUUCUUUUUUUGCGUGUGUGUGUGUUAGGAAACAUUUGUAUUUUUAUUUUGGAUUUUUUUUUUUUUUUUUGUCAUUAAUCCAUAAAACCAUUAACCUG